AUGACGGGCAGGGAGGAGAGCUGUGAGGCAGGGGCUAGCCCGCUGCUGGGGGACUUCCCCCCCGCCGCCAAGGAGCCGGGGAAGAGCGGCCGCGCCAGGAGCUUCGCCAUCACCGACCUGCUGGGACUGGACUGCGGGACUGAGUCCUCACCGCCACCGCCGCUGCCGCCGCCCCUCGUCCCCGCCGGCCUGGGACUCCUGUGUAGCCGCUCCCUCAGCGCCUUCCGCCCGCCGCAGCCAGUAAUCCUGGACAUGCUGUCCCAUCUCCACGCCAGACCCGUCACCGCCGCCGCCGCUCACAACCACCUGCCCCCGCUGCUCCGCACCAUCGCUCUGCACGAAGCGCAGCGGCCGCACCUGCACUCCGAUGACGAGAACAUGGCUUGUGAUCACAGCGACCCAAAGUAUACAGCGGCGUCGCAGGUGAAGAGGAAGAAGAGGCGGCACAGGACUGUGUUCACAGCGCAUCAGCUGGAGGAGCUGGAGAGAUCCUUUAACGAGGCUCACUAUCCGGACGUGUAUGCCAGGGAAAUGCUGGCGAUGAAGACGGAGCUGGCAGAGGACCGGAUACAGGUGUGGUUUCAAAACCGAAGAGCGAAGUGGAGGAAGAGGGAGAAGUGUUGGGGCCGGAGCAGCGUGAUGGCUGAAUAUGGACUGUAUGGAGCCAUGGUCAGGCACUCCAUCCCUCUGCCCGAGUCCAUCCUCAACUCCGGCAAGAACGGUUUAGUGGGAUCUUGUGCCCCCUGGCUGCUUGGAAUGCACAAGAAAUCUAUUGGCCCAACAAUGAAAGGCAAAGGCGUGGAGUGUGUGAGAGAGGAAUUUGCGGAGAGCAGCGACGAGCCACCGCUGAUAGAGGUGGGCACGGACCAGGAGCCUGUAACUGACCGCAGUGAGGAUGGCAGCAUGGCAUUGGAUCUGUCCAGCACAGAGAAAGCAGCGGGCAAGAGCGGCAGUUCAAAGCAAUGCUUUGCCAAGCCCUCCGACGCAGAAAGCGGACAUAGAGGAGGCAAGACCAAUUAAGCCGUGGCGCUGGCAUUGCCCGAGCUGAUGGGACAGUGCAAUUGAACAGCUCCUCAUGGACUUACUCUACACAACACGUUCUCAUAGUGGUGACAGUCGCCACAACAAUGGAGGACAAGCAACUCAUUUACCUCUGCCAUCGAGCUGCUACAUCUAAGACCUAGUAUUACUAGGAUAGUCCAAUGCAAUAUGAUGAUGAUAGAAAGGAAAUGUCAGAGGAAAUCACAGCAAAAUUCAGACGCACCCUGUCUCCAUCCCUGCCCACCAUGAGUGGAGGGAGGUGACCGAUAUCCUUUUGGAAAUAAAGGGCACAGGGGUGGUAGAUGUGAAUAUAAUCCUGGGUAGGUGGCUGAAUGAGUGGGAUAAACUCAAACACAAGAUGGUAUCCAUUGGAAAGGAAGAUAGGGCAUAACUGGCAGAGCCGUGGCCUCACAGCGCCGGAGACCAGAGUUCGAUCCCAACCUUGGGCGCUGUCUGUGUGGAGUUUGCACGUUCUCCCUGUGAUCUUGUGGGUUUUCUCUAGGUGCUUCAGUUCCUCCCACAUCCUCCCAUAAAGGCACACGGGUUUGUAGGUUAAUUGGCGAGGUUGUGAUGUGAAUCUGUGGUCAGGUUUGUCCUUACUGGUGCUGCCCCUGUACACAGUCCCCAAUCACCAUUGCAUCGGAGGGGUGCCAUUGCACCAUUGUUUGAGUGGGUGGCAGUGAGUAAAUGAAGCAAUGGGGACACAAGGAACUGCAGAUGCCGGCCUAGAAAAUAAACGCAGAGUGCUGGAGUAACUCAGCGGGUCAUGCCACAUCUGUAGAGAACGUGAACAGGUGAUAUUUUGGUGUUGGGACUAUUCUUCAGACUCUGCAGAUUUGUUAAAAGGUGACUCUACCUAUCACUUGCCAAGAUAGACACAAAAUGUUGGAGUAACUCAGCGGGACAGGCAGCAUCUCUGGAGAGAAGGAAUGGGUGACGUUUCGUGUCGAGACUCUUCUUCAGACUGGUGGGUACCACUUGCCCAGGUUUGCCACCUCUCUCUCGAAACAUUGCUUGCUCAUGUCCUCCACAGAUGCUGCCUGACCCACUGAGUCCCUCCAGCACUCUGUGUCUUCUUUUCAAAUGAGUGUGUGUAGUGUAAAAAUGGAACGAUGAGUGUGUUUGAGUGUGUGCAGUGUGUAAAUAGAACUGUGUGUGUAAAUGGAGCAAUGAGUGUGUGCAAUGCAUAAAUGGAACUCAGUGUGUGCAUCCUCCUUGACAUUGUUUUGUUUAGAGAUACAGAACGGAAACAGGCCCUUCGGCCCACAGAGUUCAUGCUGACCAGCGGUCCCCACACACACAAGUUCUAUGUUAUCCCACUUUUUCAUCCCCUCCCUACACACUGGGGGCAAUUUACGAAGGCUGAUUAACCCACAAAACCCGCAAGUCUUUGCAAUGCGGGAGGAAACGGGAGCACCCGGAGGAAACCCACAGGGAUAACGUGCAAACUCCACACAGACAGCACCUGAGGUCCGGAUCUCUGUUGCUGUGAGGCAACGGCUCUAUCUGCUGCACCUCUGUCCUGCCCCGAAAUGCUGAGUGAAAUCUGCUGCUGAACACGCACUGCACUCGCAGUUGCGAACGGGCUGCAAUGCAUUCCUCAGGGUCACCUGCUACCUAAUCUAUGGCAUGCUGAUGGUAAGGCACGCAUGCAUUAAGCAGAGGGUCGCAGGUACUUGCAUUGGGUAGGAGUGAGCAGGACAUUAUAGAUGACGGAAUGUAAAUAGACUGAGUGUUAUGCACCGCAUCUCACUAGGAGAAUCAUAUUGGCCAUGGUGCGUUACCUGAUACAGAAUGUAUUUGAAGGAUUUUAACAUGAUUUGAGAGAGGAGAAGAAGGCAACCACUUCCCCUGGUAACAGUCUGGAAUUAUAGGCAUAUCAUUUUCCAACUAGUCUUACGCUCUCUAGGGAUGUGAUCGUACUAAAGAUAGCGGAACCCUCUUCUUCAAAUGCCUGCUGAAUAUAUCUGGGCCUACUGAAUAUUUAACUAUGCAUAUCGAGCAGUUUUUUGUUAAGUGUGGAUGUUCUUCUGCUACUGAGGUAGAUAGUGUCCUAGAGUGAUUGAACUGUACAGCCUUGUCCCUGCCAACCAUUUUGGGAGAAUGCGCUGGUCCCAUUUGUCUGCAUUUGGUCAAUAUACCUCUAAAACUGCAUUAUACUGCGUGGCAGAUGCAGUAUGAUGUAGAAUGCGUGGCAGAUG